GGCUCACCACCUCACAAGCCUCGGGGUCCCUGGGAUGACCAAAGGGGGAAUGGAGUCGGUCGAACUGUUCACGUCGGAAGGCAAAGGCAGGGGCUUGAAAGCACAGAAGGAAUUCUUGCCUGGGGAUGUCAUCUUUGCAGAGCCAGCCUAUGCAGCUGUGGUUUUUGACAGCCUGACACAUGUCAUCUGCCACACCUGCUUCAAGCGGCAGGAGAGGCUGCACCGCUGCGGCCAGUGCAAGUUUGCUCACUACUGCGACCGGACCUGCCAGCGAGCAGCCUGGCUGGAGCACAAGCAGGAGUGCGUCGCCCUCAAGAGGCACGGCAAGGCUCCCUCCGAAAACAUCCGGUUGGCUGCCCGCAUCAUGUGGAGGAUAGAGAGGGAAGGCAGUGGGCUGGCAGAGGGCUGCCUGGUCUCCAUCGACGACCUGCAGAACCACGUGGACAGCUUCAGCGAGGAGGAGAAGAAGGAGCUCCGUGUGGAUGUGGAGAGCUUCCUGGAGUUCUGGCCACCCCAGAGCCAGCAGUUCGGCAUCCAGUUCAUCUCCCACAUAUUUGGAGUGAUCAACUGCAAUGGCUUUACCCUCAGUGACCAGAGAGGACUGCAGGCUGUUGGCGUGGGAAUCUUCCCCAACCUGUGCCAGGCUAACCAUGACUGCUGGCCCAACUGCACUGUCAUCUUCAACAACGGCAAUCAUGAGGCUGUAAGAUCAAUGUUCCACACACAGAUGAGGAUCGAGCUGAGGGCACUGAGCAAGAUUUCUGCAGGGGAGGAGCUGAGUGUUUCCUACGUGGACUUCCUGAGCCUGAGCGAGGAGCGGCGCCGGCAGCUGAGGAGGCAGUACUACUUUGACUGCACCUGUGAGCACUGCAAGAAACAGAUCAAGGACGACCUGAUGCUGGCAGUGAAGGCAGGGGAAAGCAAGCCCUCUGCAGAAGCAGUGAAGGAGGUGGUGCAGCUCUCCAAGGACACACUGGAGAAGAUCAACAAGGCCAGGAUGGAGGGACUGUACCAUGAGGUCGUGAAGCUGUGCCGGGAGUGUCUGAAGAAACAGGAGCCUGUGCUGGGGGACACCAACAUCUACCUCCUGAGGAUCCUCAGCAUUGCCUCUGAGGUGCUCUCCUACCUCCAGAUGUUUGAGGAAGCAGCUGACUACGCCAAGAGGAUGGUGGAUGGCUACCUGAAAAUAUAUCAUCCCAACAAUGCCCAGCUGGGCAUGGCGGUGAUGCGGGCAGGGGUUACUCACUGGCAUGCUGGGCUCAUUGAAGCAGGGCAUGGGCUCAUCUGCAAAGCCUAUGCCAUCCUCCUGAUAACCCACGGACCUUCCCACCCCAUCACCAAGGAUCUGGAGGUCAUGCGUGUCCAGACCGAGAUGGAGCUGCGCAUGUUCCAGCAGAACGAGUUCAUGUACUACAAGAUGAGGGAAGCUGCCCUCAAAAACCAAAAGAUCCAAAUCAUGCCUGAACCCAGCAAUGAGACCUCACCAAGCCUCUUCCACAAGAAGGAGUAAACCCAUGCCUUGACCCAAAUCCAUGCCCGUGGAUAAUGUUCCCAUCAUUACUAAUGCUGUGGCCUAUCCUCAGCUCUUAUUUCCAGUGGCUCCAGACUGACAGCAUGGACCUGCUGGGAGAGAGUCCUGAAAGCUCUGCUGAGGGUGCAAAGCACAAGAGAUCUUGGCAGAAACAACAUCCUUUUUUCUACCACCAGCAUUAAAAUCAA